AUGGCCUACGUUCAAGUCGACUUAGGCGUCACUGCUGAAACCACCUAUUCGGUUGCAGACAAGCAGUUGAAGCUCAACACCCAGGCUGACAUCCAGCCUUAUUUGGAUGAGUUGCUCAAGGUCUCUCCGUUGAAGAAGAUUGACUUCUCCGGUAAUACCAUCGGCAUUGAAGCCUCCAAGGCUUUGGCUGACGCCAUCAAGGCGUCCAACUCCGAGUUAGUUGAGGUUAACUUUGCGGACUUUUUUACUGGCAGAUUAAACACUGAAAUCCCGCGGUCCUUGGAGUACUUGUUGCCAGCGUUAUUGACCUGUGACAAGUUGUCGCUUGUGAACUUGUGCGACAAUGCGUUUGGCUUACAGACCAUUGACCCAAUAGAGGAUUACCUCGCCAAGGCCGUUUCCUUGGAACAUGUGAUCUUGUCCAACAACGGUAUGGGGCCAUUCGCUGGUGCCCGAAUCGGAAAGUGUUUGUUCAAGAUGGCGCAGGCCAAGAAGGGCAGCAAGACCGCAUGUCCAAAGUCCUUGAAGACCUUCAUCUGCGGCAGAAACAGAUUGGAGAACGGCUCCAUCUCCUACCUUGCCAUUGGGUUAAGAGCCCACCAGGAGUUGGAAGUGGUUAAAUUGUAUCAGAACGGCAUCAGACCACAGGGGCUCAAGAAAUUGAUCAAUGGCGCCUUGUCCCAGAUCAAGACCUUGCAGGUUGUCGAUUUACAAGACAACACCUUGACCAGCUCUGCCUCUCAGGUUUUAGCCAACAGUUUGCACCUCUGGGCCGCCACUUUGAAGGAAUUGAACGUUAAUGAUUGUUUGAUGAACCCGGCCGGGUCUCUUUCUGUCGUGCAAGCGUUGGCCAAGACUGAGUUCCCACGGUUGGAGACUUUGAAGUUGCAGUACAAUGAAUUGGACGCCAAGGCGUUGGCGUUGGUUCCAUCCAUCAUCCAGAAGAACUUGCCAGUCUUGCAGGGUUUGGAGUUGAAUGGUAACCGAUUCGAGGAAGACUCCGAGAUUGUGGAAGCGAUUACUGCGAUCUUUGAAGAAAGAGGCUCUGGCGAGUUGGACGAUUUGGACGAUUUGGAAGAACUUGACAGUGAGGAGGAGGAAGAAGAGGAGGAAGGUAGUGAUGCUGAUGAGGAGGAUGAUGAGGGUGACUUGGAUCAGUUGGAGAAGGAAUUGUUGGGUGUUCCAGAAGAGGCCGACGCGUCUGUCGACGACAUUGCUGCUGAACUUGAAAAGACCAGCAUCUAG